AUUGUGGGCGUGGUUACCCGCCUUUUAUGAUUAAAUCCAGCAUGGACACAGAAGGUCUACUCAUCCGAUUCAGACAGCUUGCUGAUGACUAUAAUAGCAAGAUGAUGCCAGAAACGGCUGCCUUUUGGGCUGAAAAGGCUCUUCUCCUAUCAGAGGAAGAUAUAGACGACCUGGUGCUCUACUGCCAGUGUCUUUAUAACAGCGGGCAAUGGAGGCGCGCCGCCUCUUGCCUUCAAAAUUCUCCUCUUCUCACUAAGUCUUCCUCGCUCCGAUACCUGGCAGCAAAAUGCCUAGCAGCUUGCAAAGCCUGGGGCGAAGUGGUCUCACUACUGACGGGCGGUCCUGCUGAAGAAGAAGACGGAGGGUUAAUGGAUGAAGGAGGAGGAGCUCAGAAAAAGGAGGACCUCGUAUCCAUUAGACUGGGCCAUGUAUCAGGGGCCCCUAUGUACAUGCUGUUGGGAAGGGCCUAUGAAGGUACUGGUAAUGUAUCAGAAGCAAUAGCCUGCUAUAAAGAUGUACUAGCUGAGGAUUCGUAUUGCGAGGAGGCACUGGAACAACUUUAUGCUCUUCGUGCACUUCAGGGCCCUGAUGAGCACUCACUAGUCUCGUCCCUUUCAUUCAGUGGAGAAGAAGAGAAGAUCAUGCAGUAUCUCUACCAGUCGAAGCUCUGUCAUUACAAGAAACCCUAUCCUCUCUUGGAAAAGGCAAAGAGUCUAGUUAAAAGUAUCGACGUCCAGUCUCGCGUUGCCUCCAGCCUCUUGGAUAAAAUGGAUAUAGAGAAAUGCAAAACAAUCACUUCAAGCAUACUCAAGAAGGACCCGUACCACAGCCCUACCUUACUAACCCACGUUGCUUGUCUCGUUAUUCAAAAGUCGUCCGUUCAGCUCUACUCUCUUGGUCAAGACCUCGUGAAGAACUACCCAGAGUCUCCAUUAUCAUGGUAUGUCGUGAGUUCGUAUUACUAUUGCAUAGGGAAGCAUCCACAGGCUCGGAGGUAUCUCGCUAAAUCCAUCAAUUUAGACCCUCACUUUGCCCAUGCUCAUAUCAUGUACGGACUCUCGUUUGCUUCGGAGGGCGAGCACGAUCAAGCCAUCACUGCAUUCGGUCAUGCUGCCCGCUACUUAAAGUCGUCUCACGUUCCCAUGAUGUAUCUUGGAAAGGAGUACUUUGUAACGGGGAACCUUCCAAUAUCUAUAUCGUUUUAUAAAAAUGCUUUAGCCCUUGCACCUCAGAACCCAGCACUGUGUUCGGAGGUGGGGAUGGUACUCUCGUCCAGUGGUAGGUAUGAUAAAGCAGAGGCUUAUUUCACACAGGCCGUGUCCAUACUACAGACUAUGGAUCCUAACGUUACUCUUCAUUCUUGGGAGCCCAUAUACAAUAAUUUAGGACACGUCCAGCGCAAGCUUGGAAAGUAUCCUGAGGCCCUCAAAGCUCAUAAGAAAGCUCUUCAACUGUGUCCUAGUGAGCCUGAGACUCUCACAGCCAUUGCAUUCGUGUACUUAUUAAUGGAGGAUUAUACUCAAGUUGUGCAGUAUUGCAAUCAGAGCCUGAGAUUGAGGAGAGAGGACCAGUUUACUAUUGAAGUGAUGCAGACUGCAGUUGGUGAACUAGCCUCUUUGCCUCUGACUUUUUCUUCUGUUGAAGAUGAGAGUGUCCUUGAUCAGCUAGUAUAUGGAGAGAAUGGUGCCUGCCCUGAGUUGAAGGAUACUUCUUCUGUAGACAUGCAAACUGAUUGAUUAUUGUAUACCUAAUGUAAAUUAUAAAUGUUUAAUAAUUAAAAAUAUUUUGUGAUUAUUUUCUCUGCAGAGCUCA